UUAACUCAUAUGACACCAAUGUGGUAUUUUCCACUUCUCCGGUUCUCCCUCCCUCACAGUUCCUUCUUCAACCUCUGCUUCAUCAAUCAUCCCUGCAACCUCUACAACUCUCUUCGAUCGGUUGUGCACCUUUAUCACUCCUCAUUCAAUUAAGGGCGACAAUGGAGGCGAUACGGCGGUUGGGAUUUCCGGCAGCGGCCAUUCCUGGGUGGCGCCCCAACUGACCGGCAGGUUGAGGGUUUUUUUCCGACGAGUUCUACGUUACGGCAAGUGGGCUUCAGUAGCCGUGUCUUCAACCGUGAUAAACCGUAUUAUACAGCAGGUUUCUUUUCUUUUAGUGAAGAUUGUUGAUUACCCAGUAAUCCAGUAUAUAUAAAUCUAUAAUUGUUCUUAAAAGUCUAUUAAUUAUUAGGGUUCACUGCUCGGGUGUUUGGUUGAGCCAUUAAACUGAAAAAAUGUCCCAGCAUAAGUUAUCUAAUGUGUUCAGAAAUCAUGAAAUUGCUAAGGGUAUUUCCCAAUUUCUAAUCUCCUCAAACUUUGUAAACCUCCAGAAAUCACCUGUUUUUGGUAAUGUCAAUUCACACGUAACUCAAAUUGUUCUCUCAGACUCACACGUUCCUGUCAAUUCUUGCUUACGAUACUUCGAUUUAUUGAGAAGUUUACCAUCCCCAUAUUCGCGAACACCUGAUCUUCGGGCUUAUGUUACCCUCAUUUUUAGAUUGUUGGAAGCUCAAAAAUUCGCUGUUGCGAAAAAUUUGUUGAAUUCUGUGUCUGUUGAUGGAAAUCUUAGAUGCCCAGUUUUGGAUAUAGUGUCUGUUGUGGAAGAAUGUGGUAGUAAAAGUGAUUAUAGGGCGAAAUUUUAUGAUCUUUUAUUGAGGGUUUGUGCGGAUAAUAAGCAGUUUGAUGAUGCCUUUAAAGUGUUUGAUAAUAUGACUGAGAGAGGGUUUCAGGUUGAGGAGAGAAGUUGUAUGGUUUUAUUGGUUUCUCUGAAGAAAAAUAGGGAAUUUGAGUCCUUGAUCAGGUUUUUCACUAAGAUGGUUGUUUCGGGUGUGAAAGUAACAGUGUAUUCGAUGUCGCUUGUGAUUGAUUGUCUGUGUAAGAGUGGGGAGAUUGAGAAGGCUAAAGAGUUGAUCGGUGAAAUGUGUAGGAGAGGGGUUGAACAGAAUUCAUAUCCUUACAACUCACUGAUAGUUUUUUACAUAAAGAAAAAGGACUUUGAGGAAGUUGAUGAAGUAAUUAGGCUAAUGGAGAAGACAAAUGUGGAGCCUAACGUAGCCACAUAUACACUCAUAAUCGAUGGAUAUGCAAGUAAUGGGAAGAUCGAAGAAGCAGAGAAAAAGUACCAGGAAAUGUGUGAGCGGGGUGUUGAGGCAGAUAUGCAUUUGUACACCGUGAUGAUCAAUUUGUGUUGCAGGAAACAGGACAUGAAGAAGGCUUGCCAUCUUUUCGAUGAAAUGACAGAGAAAGGCCUUCCACCGAAUAUUCACACUUACGGAGCUAUGAUACAUGGAUUAUGCAAGACUGGGCAAUUGGAGGCUGCAGAAAUGCUUGUGAAUGAGAUGCAGAGAAAAGGGGUUGAGAUAAACCAUGUGAUUUUUAACACUUUGUUAGAUGGUUAUUGCAGAAAAGGAAGAAUUGAUGAGGCAUUGAGGCUGAAGAAUACCACGGAAAAGAAAGGAUUGGUGCCUGAUGUAUACAUGUAUAACAUUAUGGCAAGUGGAUUGCAUAAGUUGAAUCGAAAUGAGGAAGCAAAGUCAUUCUUGUACUCAAUGUUAGACAAUGGAUUGUCAAUGAAUACUGUCAAUUAUACAACUUUGAUCGACAUACAUUGUAAAGAAGGUGAAUUUGCGGAAGCCAAUAGACUGCUUAAAGAGAUGGAGAGGAAAGGGAAAGGGGAAGGGCCUAAUGUUGUGACAUACAAUGCUUUGAUUGAUGGAUACUGUAAGAAAGGUAGGAUGAAGGAGGCUCAUGAACUCAAGAAUGAGAUGGAGGAAAAGGGAGUGACGCCUGAUGUCUACUCAUACACGUCAAUAAUACAUGGUGAAUCUAUAAAUGGAAACAUAGAUUACGCGAUGACAUUGUUUAAAGAGAUGUCAAGUAGUAGGGGUUUAGUUCCAAAUGUAGUUACUUAUACAGCAUUGAUUGCAGGCCUGUCAAAGGUAGGAAAAUCCGAUGAAGCUUUCAAAUUGUAUGAUCAAAUGAUACACGCAGGCCUUACUCCAGACACCACAGUAUAUACUUCACUUGUGGAAAGCCUUCAUUCAGCUAAUUGCGUCAUGUAAAUAAGAACAGAAACUUUACUCAUUCGAGAGGCUUGAUAUUACUCAAUCGAAUGGCAUCUCAUCCUGUAUAUUCGGCCAAAGUCUUGCAAGUGUUGAGAAGUUAGUGGAGAAAUCGUGAGUUUGGCAAUUGAUAUUGCUACGAGGUUGUCCAAGAAAAGGCAGAGGCAGAUGAAGGAAUAUGAAGAAGUUGUGGACUUGGCUUGCAUUUUUUAAGAAAAAACUUCACACUUUCAUGAGGGUUAGUACUUCCUCCUGAAUAUAGUUUUGGUCUGAUGUCACCAAUUUUAGUCUACUGCAUGUUCAUCAAUUUCUUGCCAAGGAUCCGUUAUGUGAAAGGCGAUUGAAAUGGGAAAAUAUACAGGGGCAGCUAAUACACAGACAACCAUGAGCUAAUACGUGAAAGGCAAUUGUGUUAUACGGAGUAUGUCACAAUGUCGGGUUCUGGCCCGUGAGAAAGAAGUUUCCUGAAGGUAUUUGUUUCAUCUUCAACCUGGAAACCAUUGAAGAGACUUCUGAGAAUAACAUUGUAAAUGGCAAUAUCAGGAUUCAGAUUCAGUGUAAUUUGUUGCAUGUGCUGAAAAAGAUAUAAGAAAGCCUUUUAAGUUUUUCUGCUCACAAAA